CCGAGCUGGAAAAUUAUGGAAAACAGCUCGGCUCAUGAGACGGUGACAGUUCGGCAGAAGAUGAGUCUGCAGCAAAACCUCCCCGUGUGUGUGCGUCACCACCAGCACGCACACACACACUGGAGUCACACCGGCCAAUCAGCACGCAGCUCUGACUCUAAACCCCGCCCCCUCUGGCUUUAUAAGGACGACAGAGGACACACUGACACACAGAGACUUUUGAAAACCAUGAGAGAAGUGGGUUUGGACUCUAACACGAUGGCACUUACCCAACACAUGGCAGAGUUUAACACAGAGAAGAAGAACAUUAGGAGGAAAAGUUGGAAAAACCGGAUCACGUUACUACUGAAGAAAAACACACAUCUGAUGAAAAACAAACCCUACAGGCCAAGCACUGACGACCUGCAGCACUGGGGCCAGUCACUUGACCACCUCCUCUCUCAUAAAUACGGCAAAGCUGCGUUUUUCAUCUUCAUGAAGUCGGAGUUCUGCGAGGAGAACAUCGAGUUUUGGUCCAAGUGUGAGGAGUACCAGGCCCUGAGCUCCAUGAAGCACCUGAAGGCACGAGCCAACAGCAUCUACGAGGAGUACGUGUGCUGCGAGGCGCCCAAAGAGAUAAACCUGGACUACCAGACCAGAAACGCCAUCACGGCCGGCCUGGACAACCCCGGCCCCACGCUCUUCCUCCAGGCCCAGUGGAAAGUCUACAGCCUGAUGGAGAACAACGCCUACCCGCGCUUUCUCCAGUCCGACUUUUACAGAGACUUGUGCUCCACGGCGACGGGAGAGCCCAAACGCAUCAAGGCCGAGUCCAAGUCCAGGACCUUGCCCAAGAACUGGACCGUGACGAAGUCCAAGAACUAGGACUGACACCAGGCACGUUUGUUUACUGGAGCGGGCUUGAUGACCACGGGACUUUGCGCCUCGAGAGUAAACUUGAGUCGGUGUUGCACGGAUCUUGCCUGAAGCGCGAGGGAAGUCUCAGCGCAGACGAGAGCUUUGGCGGAGUUUGGUUUAGAUCGUGUCCUCUGCGUUUGACCCGUCCUCGUCCCGUCCCCGGUGUGACCUGCCUGGAGCAGAGAACAACAGCGCAUCCGGUGGACUUUCUCCGUCGAAAAUGGAGCAUCAAGUCUCGCUGUUUUAUGAGUUGAGUUCAGAAUCUGAAACUGCACUUGAGUAGUUUUGACUUGUCAGAUUAAGUCGCGUAAGUGCACGGAAUAUUUCACUGGUUUGAAGACAUUUCUGAAAACUGAUUUACAAACUGGGUAACCACAAUUGUUUUACCCCAUCGUUUAGUAUUCUCCCAAAUCUGAACGAGUCAAAACUACUGAAAUCAGGAUCAAUAUGGCCACAACAGAAAAACAAAUCUGUAAACUAUCUACUGUAUUUUUCGGACUGUAAGUCGCACCAGCCAAAAAAUGCGUAAUGAAGAAAUAAAAAAGCAAAUAUAAGUCGCACUUUUUGGGGGAAAUUUGUUUUAUACUGAAAGUCAAUUUCUAGUAAAAACAAUAGAACAGAGAACAACAGACUGUUAACGUCACAUAUGAACAGUUCUUCAGAUAAACUAUAACAUAAACCAUAGAACAGAACAAGUUUAACAAACUCUCCAUCUCACUCCAAAUCACUAAAUCCAUUCAAUUCUUCAUCCUCGGUGUCACUUCUGAACAACUCCUCGACCUCCAGAGGUAAACAGAGCGACGCUUCCUCUUCUGUGUCGCUGUCGUCAGACUCAGCGUCAGUUCCAGUUAGAAUUAUUCCGGCCUUUCUGAAUCCCGACAGGAUGGUUUCACUGUCACUGAAAUCACUUAAAUGUUAAAUUGUUCAGUGGUACAGAAGUAAUGGUGCGAUCGACUGACGUGAUACAGACAGGACAGAGGCUCUUUCUGUAGCAGACAUGCGCAGUAGAGCCAAGUGACACUGGUACAGGAAGAACAAGAGCAGUAGAUUCACACACAUAUGACUAGAGCCUCUCGCGUCUGUCAGUGUGAAAAUGUUAAUAUAUAAGUUGCACCAGAGUAUAAGUCGCAGGAAACAUGCCAUACAAACCAUGAAAAAAGUGUGACUAGUCCAAAAAAAUUUGGUAAAUAAAUAAACAAGUCCAUCAAAAACAUAAAAAUUACUAAAAUUUGCAAACAGAAAAAUAGCUAAUAAGACAGUCCUCUUCUGUGUCGCUGUCGUCAGACUCAGCGUCAGUUCCAGUUAGAAUUAUUCCGGACUUUCUGAAUCCCGACAGGAUGGUUUCGGUGUCACUGAAGUCCAGACUUUGUCGAUUCAUCCAGCGACUUCAGGAAAGUUUCAUGGUGCAUCCUCUCUGCGUUCUCCAUCCUCGCCUUUCGCCAGUCCCUCACAAGUUUCUCGCUCACUCCAAACUUUUUUUCUGCUGCUCGAUUACAGUUUUCGGCUGCAUAUUUCGCCACUUGCAGCAGGACAGAGGCUCUUUCUGCAGCAGACAUGCGCAGUAGAGCGAAGUGACAGUGGUAAAGGAGUAGCAGAUACUAACACACAAGCCUAGUCAGUCCAAUAAGAUUCAUUUGGUCUUCCGAUAUUUUAUGUUAUCAGGUUCUUUUUACAGACCAAGAGUUUGUUUUCUGUCAAGUAUGAAAACAAACUCUCACAGGAAACACCCAAACCAUGAAAAAAAGUGCGUCUUAUAGUCCGAAAAAUAUGAAUUCAGAUCAAAUUUACAGAUUUGUACUAAAAAAAAACAUCUUUCUUACCAUUUUCAAGACGUCUGAACCGUAUUUGUAAUUUAAAUAUUUAUUGUUGAAUUUUCUUUUGCAACAUUUUGUACACAGCCUUUUGCUAUUCAACGACACUGUCCAUUUUUUUUGUGCCCGUGAGCCGACCACCGAUAGCGAGUGAAUGUAUUUAACUUCACCUUUGUAUGAGUGUGUUUUGGUUUUGGACAAGCGCGCGGUUGUUUUGUAUGGACAUGUUUGUAGUGUAAAUAUGCACAUGAAAAGACACUGUUUACUGAAAGUACACUGUAUGUGUAUGUGAGUGACUGAGGCAGCCGGACUGCACGCAAUAAAAUGAACUGAAGUGAAAUAUUAAA